UGUAUGGAGAGAGAUAGCGAGAGAGAGAGAGAGAGAGAGAGAGAGAGGUUGAGGAGUUUACACCUCUGCACCAUUUCCUUUUUCAUCAGUUUUUCUGUUGUUGGGCGUCUUGAUCUGAUUUGUAGUCUGCUGUUUGUCUGUCUGUCUCCUUUCUCCACCUGUUGUUCACUGACACUGUGAUGGAUCUCAGGACUGUUCUCACCAUCUCAACUCUUUUACUUAUGACUGCUGAAUCAAACCAAACAGCGUUGAACAGCACUAACAACACCAACAGCACUAGGAACUGUUCCUGCAACAGCAGUUUAGUUCCAGUAAGCUGUCCUACCCCCACCACCGGAUCCAACAGCCCUGCACCUGCCCUGCACCUCCUCAGAAUCCAAUGGAACAAUAAGGUUAAUUGUAAAGGAGUUGUUGAGCUGAUCUCCUACAAUGCCUCCAACUUCCAGCCCAUCUGUUACGACAGUAAGAUAAACGUCCAGGGGCUUUUUGAAGAUGUGUGUAAGAACAAGAAAGGUUGUAAAGGCCCAGUGAGCUGGGAAAAAAGCACAGACUAUGAGAUUGGAACCACGGAGUCCAGCUGUAAGCCUCUCAGGGUGCAGUGCAAAGCUGAGGUCCUCCCAGAUCUACAGGGGCAGCUGAAGUCCUACAAAGUGGUGACAGCUUUGCUCUGCUGUGUGCUGCUGGUCCUGUUACUGCUCCGCUUCACCAGACCAACUGUCAAAGCCCUGCAGAAAAGAUUGUCAGACAGGAGGCAGAAUCGCUGGAUCGGACCUACACAGAGUCACAGUGUGUCCUACCAUCGAGGAAAAACUGCAGUUAAAAACAAUGAUGGGGAGAAGAGGCUGUCCUACCCUGCUCUGGAGCGACUGGCGGUCAGUGAAAGCAGGGAGCCUUCAUCCAACAGGAACAGUGACUACAACUUCUGACACACCUUGUCAUCCUCCAUCAUCAUCAUCAUCAUCAUUAACAUCGUCAUCCUCUAUACAUGGGCUGAGCAUUCUUAUGUGAUUAUUUCUGGAUUGUAUCUGUUGCACAAUAAUAUCAGUCCUGUUAAGAUCAUGUAAAAGCGAUAAUUCAUCUCUUUGUGUAUCUGCAUUUGCUGCAUCAGAUACUAAACGUUUUGUAAUAAUAACCAGUAGUUGGUAUUUACAGCCAUCAAUGUAUAAUAUUGUAUCUAAACUUAGUUUAUCAGCUCCUGUAAAAUGAAACCAGAACAAGUUACAUAAACCUGACUGAAGUUAUGUUGAACGCACAGUUAAACCCCAGUUAAAAAAUACAUAUUUACCCUCUGUAGCAACUGUAAUGCUAUUCAUACAUCUAGAUUGUUUUGGAGUUUUGGAGAUAUAAAAAAAAUAAUUUCAAAAACUUAACAGCAACGUCUCUUUCCAGAAAUCAUGACCCAGUUACCUCUCUCACAACUAAUCCACAGAACUUGGUGUGAGUGGUUUCAUGAUGGAACUAUUUUUUUUUUUCUACCAAACUACACCCACAAAUCGUUGCUGAACAUUAGCUAUUCCAGUGGUGCUUGGUGAGCUAAUAUUACACCUCAGUGGAGGAGGACACCAUUAAUGUUUACAUUCUGCACAGCCAAAAGCCUCUCGUUCGUGAUUGGAUGCACGCCAAUACGUACAAAAAAAUAAACCCCAUCUGAUUCUAUUAUAUUGGAGAGAAGGCAGACAUCUAUAGGUAACUCAGCAACUCACACAAAAACUGUGAAAAAAAUCUGAAUGGAUAAAUAACACUACAGGUAAAAAUCGGUAUUUUUUAUUUUGGGGGAUAACUGUGAGAUAUUUUAACAAUAUUCUUACAAUAUUUUCGUAAACACACUUUUUAGCCAUCAUUGUAUAUUGUGCUCGUACAUUCUGGUUUUAGCAAUCACAAAGCAUCUCAAACUAUCCUGAAUGGUGUUGCCCUGCAGUUUCAAGUUCUGUCCAGGUGACUCAUAUAUUUGCCCGACUAGCUUGGUCACUAGCAAGCUCCAACAACAAGUUGUUAGAAGGUGUAUUUUUCACUUUUAGUUGGCUUUUCUUCCAGUCUUUGUGCUUAGCUAAACACAUUCAGGACCUCUCUCGGCAAACAGCAAUAAAACUGAGAAACUUAACAAGUGGCCGCUAACAGCAAGAGUAGUUUCCAAAAUGGCAGAAGGUUCCUUUAAUCAGAAAAACAUUCAUAAAAACCUACUAAGAACAUUGAUUCAAUAACAUGUGAUUCACUGACACUGUAAUAAUUAAUUGUAUUUCUUUUGUUGACAGCUUGUGAUUUUUGAUUAAUAUUGUGAACUUUGUAUUUUCAGUAAACAGGAUCUAAGUUG